AUGGAUAAGUCAUGGAUGCACUCGGAUAGAAGAUCGAAGGCAUAUGAGUUAGGGGUGGAAGCAUUUUUGAACUUUUCUGUAGAAAAUCUUCUAACUACCACACAUAUCCGUUGUCCAUGUGUUAAAUGUGUUAAUUUGAAAUUGUUUGGGGUUGGAAUUAUAAGGGAUCACUUAUACUUUAAUGGAGUUGACCAAAGCUAUAAGAAUUGGACAUUUCACGGAGAACCUUGGGAAGCAGCUACUAAUGCUAGUAGAAAUGUUGAAGAAGAUGAUGACCAUAGUAGGUACAGUUUUGUGUCUGAAGAAAUAGAGAUGGAUGAUAAUGAUUUUGGUGAUUUUGGAUCUGAUCCUUAUGAGUUUGCCAAUGUGAUUGGGGAUGGAGAUCAACCAUUGUACCCUGGUUGUAGAAAGUACACGAAGUUAUCGGCAUUAGUGAAGUUGUAUAAUUUGAAGGCAAAAUAUGGGAUGAGUGAUGUCUGUUUUACAGAAUUAUUGAUACUUCAAGGCGAUUUGCUUCCAGAAGGAAAUACAAUACCGGCCUCUAUGUAUGAGGCAAAAAAGACUUUGUGUGCAUUGGGGCUGAGUUAUGAGAAAAUGCACGCAUGCCCCAAUGAUUGCAUCUUGUAUAGGAAGGAGUAUGAGGAUUUAACUCAUUGUCCUAAUUGUGGUAUCUCAAGGUGGAAGGAAGGCAAAGAUUCAAUCUUGAAAGAGGGUGUGCCAGCGAAGGUGGUGUGGUAUUUUCCUCCAAUUCCAAGGUUUAAAAGGAUGUUUCGAUCACAUGAGACCGCUAAGAGUUUGACUUGGCAUGCUGCUAGAAAAUCAAUUGACGGUUAUAUGUCUCAUCCAGCGGAUUCCCCGUCUUGGAAACUUCUUGAUGAUAAAUGGCCCGAGUUUGGUAAUGAGCCGAGAAACUUGAGAUUGGCUCUUUCAUCUGAUGGAUUCAAUCCCCACAGUUCUCUAAGUAGCAGAUAUAGUUGCUGGCCAGUUAUCUUAGUUACAUAUAAUCUCCCUCCAUGGCUGUGCAUGAAACGAAAGUUCAUGAUGUUGACCUUAUUGAUUUCCGGUCCUAAACAGCCGGGAAAUGAUAUAGACGUCUACUUGGAGCCUUUGAUUGAUGAUUUAAAAUCUUUGUGGGAUGGGAUUGGAGGAGUGUAUGAUGCACAUAAUGGAGAAUACUUUACACUCAGAGCUGCAUUAAUGUGGACAAUUAAUGAUUUCCCCGCCUAUGGAAACUUAUCUGGUUGUGUUGUUAAAGGAUAUAAAGCUUGUCCAAUAUGCGGCGAUGAUACACCUAGUCACAGGUUGAAAAAUGGCCACAAAAUUUGUUACAUUGGGCAUAGAAAAUGGUUACCGAUCAAUCAUCCAUAUAGGAGGCAACGUGCAGCUUUUAAUGGGAAACCUGAAUAUGGCACGCCUCCUGAGCCAUUAACCGGAGAAGAAGUGCUGCAUAUGGUUGAAGAUGGUGACAGAGUUUGUUGGAAGAAGAAAUCAAUAUUCUUUGAUCUCGAGUAUUGGAAAUACCUUCCUGUGAGGCAUGUCCUAGAUGUUAUGCACAUUGAGAAGAAUGUUUGCGAUAGUAUCAUUGGUACAUUGCUGGAGAUCCCUGGAAAAAAUAAAGAUGGGAUUGCUGCUCGAUUAGAUUUAUUGAACAUGGGGGUCAAAACUGAUUUGCAACCCGAGUAUGGAGAAAGACGUACUCGUUUGCCUCCCGGGCCUUGGAAUUUGUCAAGAGCAGAGAAGAGAGAGAUUCAAGACUUCUUGGCCUUAAAUCACAUGAUUGUCAUACUUAAUGCAACAAUUGCUCCCUGUGGCAAUUCGUUCUGUUUUGGAGAAGCCUGCAAGAUAUAUGAAAGUGCUAAAGGGUAUGUUCAGAAUCGUACUCGUCCCGAAGGUUGCAUUGCUGAGCGGUAUAUAGCUGAAGAAGCUGUAGAGUUUUGUACCGAGCAUUUAUCUGAUGUUAGUACAGUUGGAGUGCCUUCAAGCCAAAAGAUGGGAGUUUCAAAGCCAUUAUCAGGUUGCACAGUGAGCGUAGUUGAUCGGGACCUGUUGAACCAAGCACAUCUAUAUGUCUUGGAGAAUACGGAGGAAGUCCUACCUUAUAUCGAGCAACAUAUGAUCCACAUCCAGACCGCUUAUCCAAAAUUUAGAAAGAGAACAAAGUGGCUGCAGGAUAAGCACAAUAGCACUUUCAUUCAAUGGCUACGCUUGAAGGUUCAAAGUGAACUUAAUGAGGACAAUCAUGGCGUAUCAGAAAAUUUAAGGUGGCUAGCAGCUGGUCCAAACAUGGCAGUGCCAUUAUAUAGGAGCUAUCUCAUUAAAGGUAUUAAAUUCAACAUCAAGGCACAAGAUGAUGUGCGGACAACUCAAAAUAGUGGAGUUUAUUUACUUGCACAUACUAUGCAAGUUGCUAGUGCCAAGGAUAAAAACCCAAUUCUCUCAAAUAUGGGUUUCUAUGGUGUCAUUCAAGAAAUUUGGGACCUUGACUACCAAAAGUUUACAAUCCCAGUCUUUAGGUGUGAUUGGAUUGAUAAUACUUCUGGUCUUGUAGUGGACGAACUUGGAUUUACCCUUGUAGAUUUGAGUAAAAUUGGACAUAGGAAUGACCAAUUUGUUUUGGCUUCUCAAGUCAAACAAGUAUUUUUUGUUGACGACCCGAUGCAUCGUGGUUGGUCGGUAGUGUUAUCAAUGCCUAAUAGAGAAUAUAAUGAUGUUAUUGGUGAUGAUGUCUUAGGUGAUGUGAGAAUUGAGUGUGAGCCAUUUACUAGGGGGAUGCCAAAUGUUGACACAUUUGAUGAAGUGGUGGUUGAGUUAGGGAGUCAAAAUAUUCGAGAUGGGUGUGAAGAUAUAUGGGUUGAAUGA